CUCUGAUUCUAAACUUUAAGUUUUGUUUUGCAUAUCUCUUCUCUCGUCUCCUCUUCUCUUGCAAAGGGCGGAUGUCCAACAAACAAGGGAUGUGGAGUUCAUUCCCGAGUGGAGAGGCUCAGGCCCCCGAGGGUGACUGCAGACUGAGAGUGACGCCCUGCCUGCCUGCCUGCAUCCAGAUGUUUCAUGUUUCCCAUGUGAGCGCUCCGGAGAGGAGAAGGGAAGUCUGGAAGUCCAUGGCAUCAGAUCCUCUCUAGAAGACUGUUAACUCCAGUCCUUUCUGCAGAAACUGCCUGCAUUUGUCCCUCUGGAAUGGAGGGCGGGAAAGUGAGGAUAGCAGUGCUGCUGGAGGUGUCCUUUUUCUGGGUGUCUGCGAUGUGUCUGCGCGGACUCUCUGCUUCAAAUCAAGUGACUGACCUCCUGGCAGCCCUAAAUAUGUCCCAGCACAGAAGUGGUGUGUCCAAACUGCAGGGUGCCAACAGUGUGAUGUACAAAGUCCGCUCCAGAACAGCUUAUCUGGCGCUCCCGCAAGAAUACUCCCACUUCCUGCAUUCCACUUUUCAGGGUAACAUGGGGGUACAUUUUGUGGGGCGACAAGCAUCUGGAUCCAACGCCACCAUUUUUUCUCUUUCCUCUGUGUCUUCACCUAUCCUCCAAAUCAUCUCCUCCACACUCAGUGACACCCUGCACAUAGACUACCAGGCUCAUGGAACACCUCCGGUCAGCUUUCUCUAUCCUGGCCCAAAUCCUUUCUCUGGGGGGGAAUGGGUACACCUCGCUGUGAGCCUGGAGCCCAAUAAGGUGGCGUUUUUUGUAGACUGUCAGGAGGCUGCUGUUUUAACCCUCAGAAACGAAAACCGGAUUGAAAUUCCUCAAGAUGUUAUCAUCGCUCUUGGCAGCACUCCAGGGGAAAAAGACAGUAAAUUCAAUGGCUAUGUGAAGACAGCUGAGUUAUCGUUGCAUCCUUAUUUAAGACGUCCAUGGAGAUGUGACAACAUUACAGAUGACCUCCCUACCUCUCAGUACACAGACAUACAUGGUCCUAAUGUUCAGACUGACAGCAGUCAAACACCUCAUCAUGAUUCUCCAUCCAGUAAACGUCAAACAAACCACAAGCUGCUGGAGCAAACCAACCCUAAUCCCAAGGACAUGCAGAGCGAUCAGCUGCAGAGAGGUGCCAUUCUGGGGCCUCCAGGGUCUCCUCAAGGGGUGAAAUCUGCCUCUCAGGAGCAGACAAGUGACAGACUGAGCAAGCUGGAGAAGAAGCUGGAAGAGAUGGCUCAAAUUUUUGACAUGCUCAAAGUUCAGAACUCAAAUCUGCAGGCGCGCGUAGAAUAUCUGGAAGGAUGUGAGUGUGUGAAAAGGCGGUGUGUGUGGGACGGCCGUGAAGUGCAGGAGGGCCAGCGCUGGCACACUGACCUCAACACCAUGUGUUUGUGCUCAUCUGGAAAGGUCACAUGUCAGACUCACAUCAGAACAGGAGGGUGCGAGUCGGAUGGCAGAGUUUAUAAUGUGUCCUACAGUACUCUGGACGGCUGUCAGACCUGUACAUGUGAGGAUGAAAACAGAGUCUGCACUCCUUUGCCUUGUCCUCCUCGUGGCUGUACAUCCCAAGAAACUGUACCUGGAGAUUGCUGCCAGCAAUGCAGAGGUUGCACCCAUUCUGGUGUGUGGUAUGAGAAUGGAGCCAGGUGGAGGUCAGCGGAAAGUCCUUGUGAUGUCUGCUCCUGUUUGGAAGGUCAAGUUCACUGCGAAAGGGAGAAAUGCAACACCGCAUGUGAAUACCCUGUUACUCCUCCACCCAACAGCUGCUGUCCAGUUUGUCAUGACUGUGGUGUAAAUGGACAUAAUUUCCCCAAUGGAGCUGUUGUUCCAUCUGGAGACCGCUGUCAGGAGUGUACAUGUGAGAAUGGAAAUGUGGUGUGCUCUGCGAUUUCUUGUCCUGCAGUGUUUUGUCGCAACCCCGUUCAUCAUUCUGGAGAAUGUUGCCCCCGGUGUGAGCAGUGCGAAUUUGAAUCGGAGGUGUUUGUGGAUGGACAGAGGUUCUCAUCCAGGACAGACCCCUGUCUUCACUGCCAGUGCUCUGCUGGUAAAGUGUUGUGUGCACAGGCCUCAUGCCCUGCACCACGGUGUCAAAACCCAGCUAAGCAGAGGGGAGAGUGUUGUCCCACAUGCAAAGAUUGUGAGUACGAACAGAGAGUGUAUGCUGAUGGAAAGGUUUUUGCUCCUGCUGGGAGUGGACCCUGCCUGCAGUGCAGGUGUAAGGCUGGGAAUGUAAUCUGCCAUGAGGAGAAAUGCCAUCAAGUUCAGUGCACCAAUCCUAUUAAAGACCCACGCCGCUGCUGUCCGUUCUGCAAAGCUUGUGUACUGGAGGGGGUGGAAUAUGAAGAAGGCUCCAGCUGGCACCCUGAUGGCCCAUGCUCCACCUGCACCUGUGUGAAUGGAGAGGUGUUGUGCGCACGCACACAGUGUCCUCCCACUCGUUGUCAGCAUCCUACCAAACCUACUGGUAUGAGUGUGAGGGUGAGAAAGAUUUGCUUGGGCACAGAUAAACAUGUAGCCAACUUUUCGUUCCCUUUAGGAUCAUGCUGUGAAGUGUGUGAAAGCUGCACUUACAACAAUCGAAUCUACAACAACGGCCAGAGGUUUACCACCCCUGACCAGCCUUGUCACAUCUGCAUGUGUCUGCAUGGUACCGUUGAGUGUGAAAGACAAGUCUGUCCAUCCACCAACUGCUCCAACCCCUACACACCCCCUGGAGAGUGCUGCCCACAGUGUCCACACUGUGCUUUUGAAAACCGCGUUUUUGUGGAUGGAGAGGCUUUCCCAAAUCCUGUGAGUGUGUGUGAGGAAUGUAGAUGUCAGAGUGGAAGGAUUGACUGCCACCAAGCACAGUGCCCUCAUCCUCGCUGCAAUGCUCCUCUGCCCGGGACGUGCUGUCAAAACAACUGCAACGGGUGCAACUACGCUGGGAAAGAGUAUCCGAAUGGAAAUGAGUUUCCCCAUCCCACUGACCCGUGCAGGACGUGCAGCUGCAUAAAUGGAAACAUCCAGUGUCUAAAGAGAAGGUGUCAACCGCUGACAUGCUCCAACCAGAAUGUGAUACCUGGAGACUGCUGCCCCCAGUGUCCAGAUCCCCCAGCAGACUGUGAGUUUGAGCAAAGGUUCUAUAGACACAUGGAGCGGUUCUUUCACCCAAAUGACAACUGCAGGUCCUGUGCGUGCAACAAUGGGACAGUUCAGUGUCACCGUAAGCCCUGCCCCUCUGCCCCAUGCACUCACUCUAUCCCACAAGAGUGCUGCCAGACCUGCGAAGGCUGUUUCCAUGAUGGACAAGAGAGAGCAAAUGGUGAGACGUGGGAGGACUUCUCAGACCCAUGUUCUUUGUGUGUUUGUCGUGACGGCUCCGUUCAGUGUGAAAGGAGACGCUGUCCACCCCUGAGCUGUAAAAAUCCUGUGCAGAGACAGUGCUGCAUGUCCUGUGAGGGCUGCACUUUUCAGGGUAAUGAAUAUCUUGAUGGCACAGAGUUCAGUGAUGACAAAGACCCCUGUAAUGUGUGUUACUGUUAUGGAGGAGACGUAAUCUGCAGCAAAUUGCUCUGUAACUCUGACUGCAGCCACCCUUACAAACCACCAGGACAAUGCUGUGGAGAAUGCCAACGCUGCUUUUAUAACGGUGCAGUACUUGUCAGUGGACAGUCCAUUCCGGAUCCAGGAAACCCCUGCUCUGAAUGCAGUUGUCAGAGCGGCACAGUGAGGUGUGCGAGAAGGCCGUGUUUAACACCGCAGUGCUCACAUCCGGUCGUCAAUGCCUGUGGCUGCCCUGUCUGUGACGGUUGUAAUUUUCAAGGCGUGAAUUACGCUGAUGGACAGGUCAUUUCAGGAGGAGAGGAGGGCUGCCAGGACUGCACAUGCUCUAGAGGGGAGGUCUCGUGUGUGCAGAGAAGAUGCCCAGCUGUGACAUGUCCACAUCCCGCUCUGGAUGGGUGCCAGUGUGGAGAGUGUAACAGAUGUAACUUUGAUGGACGAGACUGCUUCAACGGAGAGCGCUUCCAGCACCCAGACAAUCACUGUGAACUCUGCUCCUGUCUGGAUGGCAGUGUUGUGUGUGAUCGUGCACCUUGUCCAAGUGUUGCUUGCAGGCAUCCAGUCACUCUUCCAGGAGAGUGCUGCCCCGUCUGCACAGGCAGGUGUUUGCAUCAGGGUGAAGAGCAUCCAUCAGGCUCCACCUUCACAUCACCCUCUGACCCCUGUUCGGCAUGUUCCUGCAUGAACGAGGUGGUGACCUGUCAGAGGAGACCUUGUCCAGUCCAGUGCUCCCACCCCGUCCCUUCAGACAGCUGCUGCCCCCACUGUGACUCCUGCCUCUACGAGGGUGUCAUUCAUGCUCACACUCACACGUUCACACCCUCGUUCGAUCCCUGCUGGCGCUGCACUUGUGUCAGAGGCACAGUUUCCUGCGUGCCACGCGAUUGUCCUCCAACAGUCUGCGCUCACCCCGUCGUCAGGCCCGGACACUGUUGUCCUGAGUGCUCAGAGUGUGUGCAAAACGAGCGGAGGUUCACAGAUGGUCAGUCAUGGAGUUUAGACCGCUGCACCGUCUGCACCUGCCAGGCAGGUGAGGUGCGGUGCUCAUCGCCCGAGUGUCCCGAGUUGCCCUGUAUGCAUCAAGUCACUGAUCCAGGAUCCUGCUGUCCUCGCUGUCGAGGCUGUGUGUACGGAGGUGAGGAGCACUCAGAGGGCAGCAGCUGGUUUGCAGACUCCACCCCCUGUAUGUCGUGCCAGUGUGUGGACGGAGUGACCACCUGCUCCGAAGUGCACUGUCUGUCCCCUUGCAUCAACUUCCUCAGUGUGCCCGGGGAGUGCUGCCCAGUGUGUGCCGAUUGUGUCUUUGAGGGCAGAGUAUACGGUCCGGGGGACAGUUUCCAUCCUGCCAAUGAUCCCUGUCAGAUCUGCACAUGUGAGGUAAUGCCAGAUGGAAAGCAGCAUCUGAAGUGUUACCGAAAGCAAUGUUCCAGUUUGGUUGACUGUCCCAAAAACAACAUCCUGUUUGAUGGACCAGACUCGUGCUGUCCCGUCUGUGCACAGCCUCUUACCAACUGCACAAGCACAAUCAUUGGAAAUGAGGUGUUGGCAACAGAUGACCCCUGUUUUACCUGUCAAUGCAAGGACCUGACAUGGACUUGCCUGCAGCAAAUGUGCCCACCCCUAAACUGCCCUCCUAAUGAACAGUUCACACCUGAAGAUUCAUGUUGCCCCGUGUGUAAAGAAUGUGUCAUCGAGGGUCAGAACAGACGAGUAAAGAGUGGCGCCAGCUGGACAGACAGCUCUGAUGACUGUGUUACAUGCACUUGUAAUUUGGGCCAGAUUGAGUGCAGCAUUGAAGAGUGUUCACCCGUAGUUUGUCCAAACAACCAACAACAAGUGAAGAUUGCAGGCAAAUGCUGCUAUGAGUGUCAAGACUCCAUGGUAUCCUGUUUGUACCAGGGGACCACAUAUCGCUCUGACGAGCAGUGGGAGGUGGAUGAGUGCACCAGCUGCACAUGUGUCUCUGGAGACGUGCACUGUCGUAGUGAACGCUGCCCCCCUCUCACAUGUGCAUCGGAUGAGAUGCCUGCAGUUGCUCCGGGUCUGUGUUGUCCUCGUUGCAUUCCUCGUCCGGCUACAUGCAUCACCUUUGGGGACCCUCAUUACCGCACUUUUGAUGGUCGCAUGUUCCACUUUCAAGGGACGUGCACCUAUGUCCUGGCAAAGGACUGUGAGGCUGGUGACUUCAGCAUUCAUGUGACAAAUGACGAUCGUGGACGUAAAGGUGUGUCCUGGACUAAAGAAGUGACAGUGUUUUUAGGAGACACCGCCGUCCAGCUCCUCCAGGACUGGGUUGUAAAGGUAAAUGGCGAUGUUGUGACUUUGCCGUUUCUCAUGGAGCCAUACAUUUAUAUAGAACAACAAACCCAGACUGUGUUGCUCAACACCAACAUUGGACUGAAGGUGCUGUGGAGCCCCCGUUCACACCUGGAAGUGAGCGUGCCAGGCUCCUAUAAGGGCCACACAUGUGGCCUUUGUGGAAACUUCAACAACUAUCAUCACGAUGAUCUACAAAUGCCAGGAGGUCGACUCAGUCUAUCGGAGUCAGACUUUGGAAAUAGCUGGAGGGUGACAAACGGAGACCAGACUGACGACUCCUGUCAUUCAGGGGAGGAUGUUGAUCCCUGUAGGGGUGCUGGGUUCCAGGCCAAGAAAGGUGCUAACACCCGCUGUAAAGUGUUGAAGUCUGCUGCUUUCAAGCCCUGCCACCACGUGGUACCUCCUGAACCGUGGUACGGUGCCUGUGUGUAUGACCUCUGUGCCUGUGGGGCCAACACUGACGAGUGUUUGUGUGACACCCUGGAGGCCUAUGCCAGCCAGUGCAGGGCGGCUGGAGUCAUCCUGCAGUGGAGAAGCGCAUCACUUUGUGCUGUUGGCUGCCCCCUGGAGAGGGGCUUUGUGUUUGACGAAUGUGGACCUCCCUGUCCAGUUACCUGCUUCAACCUUGAUGUACCACUUGGGGUCAUAGAGAGCCACUGUUUCAAGCCCUGCGUCCCAGGCUGCCAGUGUCCCGCUGGUUUGAUUCUACACAACAACUACUGCAUCCAGCCUGAAAAGUGUCCCAAGAUUAUACAUGGCAGCCAUUUGUAAUUCUUGAAUCCCUCAUUUACAUGUGUUACUGUACCACUACAUUUAAAAAAACAGACUCCACAUGGACCUUAAAGAUGUGGAAGAGAGCCAAAUAAAUGUAUGUAGCACUGAAAUAUUUAUACAAUAUACAUUUUAGUUCCACAUGUUUACUUUUAUUUUCCUUCCUACAUCACAUGUUUAAGGCCUUUUCAUUGUUGUCACAACAUUUUUGAAAGUCGAAGCAGCUUCUGUUUUACAUGCAGGUUCAUAUAAGCAAUGUGCAAUAUGUCGCUGUGUGUGCAGCCAAAAGCACUCUCUCAGGAAGAUCUCCUUUUUCCAUUUUUGCAAAUAAAACCAAACAUUUACCAAGAU